AUGACAGAACCAGAGUUAACCCGGAGCGCCAUCUCACAAUGGUGGCCCAAGGUCCCAAACAACAAGACGGACAGCCUGGAAUGGCGGCUGGACGUCAUCACGCUGCUGGCAGUCAUCGGCGAAUCUUCCAUGGCUGAGCACUCGCAGACCAUCACCGCCUCCAGCCUGUGCCUGCUGCCGCGCAUCCUCCCCGCGCCCCAGGCGCUCCUCAAACCGUCCAGGCCGCAGAGGAUGCCGCAGACGCCGGCCAAGCUGACGGGCGUGCACAGCGGCGUCGUCCUAGACACGGUGGGCUUCUUUGCCAACAUCAUCCACCCGCUCGACAAGUUGCAGCCGUUUGAGUUUAAGAUACUCAGGAUUGAACAUGCAGACCUCGUUUCCUCCGUCACGAGACCUGCGGCCGCCAGCGGUUCGCUUGGAAAGCUGCGUUAUAUGUUGCGGGGUAUUUUUCGUUUUAGGCGUGACAGGGAAGAUUUCGAACUGCAAGCGGGAACCAGGCCCGUGGAAGAUGACAGCAUCAACCAAACAGGAAGUACAACCGCUGUGGACAGCCAGCGCGUGACCGACCCAGAACGGGGCAUCCACCGGCGACAGACCAGGUUUGACAGGCUCACCGACAUUGUGUCCGACCCGGUCCCGGUCAACCAAGCGGAGCGGCCCGCGGUCCCAGCGGCGCUGUUAAGCCCAUUGCACAUCCUGGCCGUGUUGAGCAUGAUGCUCACCGCCGCACUGCUCGUCGGGGCGGGGGUCUGGACCGACGGGCCGGCGAUCAUGGCGGUGUCCCUCAUCAGUCUACAGAGCAGCCUCGUGGGAUACGCGAGCUGGUGGAAGCCGGUGCUGAUGCUGCGGACACACAACCAUCGGGUGCCGCCCGGCGACGUCAUGAUCCGCACGCGCGAGGGCGCCUUCAUCCUCAUCCGCUGCACCGAGGACGUCGCCCGUGAACUGUACACUGCCGGGACAGAGGAGUGCAGGUAUCACAUCGGCGAGAGGUGGUACAAGUUCAUGAUGGGGCUGGGCACCAUGAUGCUCAUGCUGUCGACCGUGCUGCUGGGCAACUGCUCCUGGUACAUGCAGCUCUUUGUCGGCUCGAGCUACAUCUGCCUAAACGCAAUGUACUGGGCCAUGGGCAUGCUGCCACGGAGCUUGUUCUGGGACCUUAGCCGCUACGAAUGUAACGGCGAGACGCCGCUCGAGCUGCAGGAUGCGCACUUGCCCACGGAAAAGAAGCAACAGCAAGGCGGCGGCAGUCUUGUAGAUGAUCAAUACGAGGGUGUCCCCAGCUUCACGCGGACGCUGUGGUACGCGAUCCGGGCCACCAAGAAGACGGGCUGGGUGCAACGCAGCGGGGCGGCACCCAUGACGGAGGAGUGGAAGGAAUGGCUCCGCCAGGCCGAGGAGGCGGCACAGGACGAGGGGACGGCGGCGGAGUGGAGGGCCGUCCAUCGAAUGAUGGAAAUCAUCGCCCAUCAAGUCGGAGACCAGGAGGCGACGCAAAGAGGGUCGCCAGUCCCGGUUGUGGAUGAUCCUGGGAGGCAGCAUGCACCACUCAGUGAGGUUCAGGGGCUCGCUCCUGGGUCAAGCGCGGUGCCUGCCAUGAAUCAUCUAUGA